UAAAGUAGCCCACUGCAGAGAGAGAAGGCUGCAUCGGGAAAAGCCCUGCUGACUCGGAGCGCGCACUCGCCUCUGGUCCUGUCCGCACUUCCAAACACUUCAUAAAGCUGCGGUGAUGGCUACACACACAUGCAGUCCACUUUCUUCGCCGUAAAUAACGACUGGCCCAUGAUUAGCCCUGCCAUUGUGGUGUAUCUCCUGUGGUGACCGCACACUCACCAGUCUUCAUCUGAGCUGUACCUGGAGCAACACUGAUCCAGCACAGUCCCUGCACUUUGAAACUUCAUAAACAACAUGGAGGACACUUAUGAUAACAGGACUUCUUUAGUAAAGGGUGCCAAGGACAUGGUCAAAGAGGCAAAGCGGCAUGCAGCCAAGAAAGUCAACAAAGCAGUAGACCGGGCAACAGAUGAAUACUCAGCCCACCGCAAUUACAGCAGGUUCCAGGAUGAGGAAGAGGAAGAUGAGGAUUUCUACAGGAAUCCACCAAGGCAGCGUGAUGCAGAGAGCUAUCCUGACAACGAGGAAGGGGGGUCCAGUGAUGCCACAGAGGGUCACGACGAUGAGGACGAGAUCUACGAGGGGGAAUACCAGGGCAUCCCAAAGCAGAAAGAGGGCCAGGUGGCACUGGGGCAGCCGACCUCAGAUGCCAGCAGGGAUCGUAGGGAGUUAGAGCGGGAGAGAGAGGCCGAUGAAGAGGAGUUGGCACAACAGUAUGAGCUGAUCAUACAGGAGUGCGGUCAUGGCAGGUUCCAGUGGCAGCUGUUCCUAGUUCUGGGUCUGGCGCUCAUGUCUGACGGGGUGGAGGUCUUCGUGGUGGGCUUUGUGUUACCCAGUGCAGAGACGGACAUGUGUGUACCCGACUCCAGCUCGGGAUGGUUAGGCAGCGUGGUGUACUUGGGGAUGAUGGUUGGAGCAUUUUUCUGGGGUGGGAUGUCGGACAAAGUGGGCCGCAGACAGUGCCUCCUCAUCUGUAUGUCCACCAAUGGUUUCUUCGCAUUCCUGUCAUCUUUUGUGCAGGGAUAUGGCCUGUUCCUCCUGUGUCGCCUCAUUGCUGGCUUCGGAAUUGGAGGGGCUGUUCCCAUCGUAUUCUCCUUUUUUGCUGAGGUCUUGUCCAGGGAGAAGAGGGGUGAACAUCUCAGCUGGCUGUGCAUGUUCUGGAUGAUUGGAGAAAUCUAUGCUUCAGCCAUGGCAUGGGCCAUUAUUCCCCACUACGGCUGGAGCUUCAGUAUGGGCUCUGCGUACCAGUUUCACAGUUGGAGAGUGUUUGUGGUGGUGUGUGCUCUGCCCUGUGUGUGUGCUGUGGUGGCUCUUACCUUCAUGCCUGAGAGCCCCAGGUUUUACCUCGAGGUGGGGAAGCACGAUGAGGCCUGGAUGAUCCUCAAACAGAUCCACGACACAAACAUGAGAGCGCGUGGGCAGCCGGAGAAAGUCUUCACCGUAAACAGGAUUAAGAUUCCCAAACAACUGGAUGAACUGGUGGAGAUGGAGUCAGAGUCAGGCAAUCCGGUUUCCAAAGCAUUCUUCAGGAUCAAAGCUGAAAUCCAAGGGAUCUACGUAAAUCUUCUGAAGUGCUUCAACUACCCCAUGCGAGAGAACAUGAUGAGGCUGACCAUUGUGUGGCUCACUCUGUCUUUUGGAUAUUAUGGUUUGUCGGUGUGGUUCCCGGAUGUGAUCAAACAUCUCCAAGCAGACGAAUAUGCCUCCAAAGUAAAAAUCCACACCAAUGAACGCAUUGAAGACUUCACCUUUAACUUUACACUGGAGAAUCAGAUUCACAAAAAUGGAGUCUUCAUCAGUGACAGAUUUAUCAACAUGAAGCUGAAGUCUGUAACUUUUGUGGAUUCAACAUUUCGUAACUGCUUUUUUGAGGAUGUUUCAACCGUGGGGUCCUAUUUUCGCAACUGUACCUUUAUUGAUGCAUUUUUCUACAACACAGAUAUCGAUGAGUCCAAGUUGAUAGAUGGGACAGAGGUAAUCAACAGCACAUUCGCUCACAACAAAACCGGCUGCCAGAUGACAUUCGAUGACGACUACAGCGCAUACUGGGUUUAUUUCAUUAACUUCCUGGGUACGCUCGCUGUUCUGCCCGGCAACAUCGUCUCUGCCCUUCUCAUGGACAAAAUUGGCCGUCUGUCUAUGCUAGGUGGAUCUAUGGUCCUCUCAGGAAUAAGCUGUUUCUUCCUGUGGUUUGGCACCAGUGAAUCCAUGAUGAUCUUCAUGUUGUGCCUUUACAACGGUCUCAGUAUCUCUGCUUGGAACUCCCUGGAUGUGGUGACAACAGAGUCUUUCCCAACUGUCAGAAGAGGAACAGGUUUUGGCUUCUGCAAUGCCCUGUGUAAGUUUGCAGCAGUGAUGGGAAACCUCAUAUUUGGAUCUCUGGUUGGCAUCACUAAGGCCAUCCCGAUACUCAUGGCCUCCACGGUUUUGGUUGGGGGUGGCCUGGUUGCUCUGAGGUUGCCAGAUACCAGGGCCAAUGUACUCAUGUAACAUCUGGAAAAAUACUCAUUAAAUCAUAGAGGGAAUACAAAAAUCUUCAUGGGUGGAUUGCAAAUGUCUUGGAACUACACUGUAAUUGUCAACACAUGCACCUUCUAAAAACACGUGCAUUUUACAUUAUCAUUCAAGCUAAGAGAAACUAAAAUAUUUGAUAGAUGUUAGAUUCAACCAUUUAUAUACACUUCAAUCGGAAAGAUGUUAAUAUUGAUUGAGUCUUAUUUGGAUUAGCCAGAUGGAGAGGAAAUGUCAAAACAAGCUGUAAUGAGCAGUGCCAGUCUGGUGUGCUAUAACAUUGGGAAUAGAGGAUCAGACAGAGAAGAUCGCUACACAGAUGUUGACAGCUGGCUACAAAACCACACAGGACUCCAGUAAGACAUGGUACAGUCACUUUUUAGGCAUUUACCCAAUCCAUACAUCCAUACACCAUUGUGAAUUUUGACUAUGCAUGUAAUUGCUAAAGGUGUAUUUUGCCACCCAAAACUUUUCCAAAGCAAAGUUACCAAGUCCUUUGCAAUCCUCGGUAGUCUAAACAACAGUUUCAAAAGCCAUAUGGCAAUAGAGAUAAUAGAAAUAUUUUAUUUAUUGACAUGCUACUUUUGUUGUCUAAUUGUUCUUGCCAUGCGUUGUAAUGAACUUUCAGUGUCCAUGGCGAGCUCUUCCUCGGGUUUGGCUUUGUGUUGUCUUGCUUGAGGCAGUGAUGAUUACAUGCCAUGCUGCGUUCUUUCAGAAAUACUGAAUGGCCUUUCUUAAAUGUGCCUCUACUCAAGUGGAGCAACCUGGUCGUGUGGACUAAACAGGACACACCACAUAGAGAUAAAAUAGUGUUAUGUGUCUACAUGUAAAAUAUGGGGCCAGUACAGUCAUGUUUGGGUGGGUUUAUUCUUCAUUAUCUGUUAAACAUAGCCAUAUUUUGAUAAAUUUAAUAUAUUUUUAAUGUAAAGACGGGUGCCAAAUGUUUUUGACUGUUUACCCCUGUGAGGUUUAACAACAAUGCAAUAGAAAACAGUGUCUAGUCCUAUAGAUAUAUGAUAAAAAAUGAAUUAUGUCAGCGACAAAUACCUCACAAAAGUGUUUAUUCAUUAUUUUCUUAUUUAUUUACAUGUUGUAUUCCUAUUAUAGAUUUAUUUGUAUUUAUGGUCAGUAAUAUUAAACGUGGCUUCAGCAAAGCAGCUAACUACUCUAACAUCACAGGCUACAAGGUGGUACUGUAUGUCCAUAAAAUACAUUUUCAGUAUAAUUUUAAAAUGCUCUGAAUUUAUUUCAAAACACAUUAAGUGAAAAGUGUGUGCAACUGCAAAUAUAAGAUAUUUUUGAUGACACAGGUAAAUAUUUUUGACAUGCAAAAUAAGUAAGUAAUUACAGCAUUAAUUAUUCUCAUAUAUUGGCUAGUCGUCUAUAAUUUGUCAGACAGAUUAUUAAUUUGUAUGGGUUGGAGAGUUGACAUGUUUUACUUAUUUCUUUCAAUCCAUAUUUCAAAAUUUAGUGUGCGCCUGAGUGUGAGUGUUCCUAAAAUAUAGAAGACUAUGUAAAUCAUAUUGUGACGCAAGUAUUGGCUUGUGUAUUCAUUCAUGGUGUAAAUAAUGUCCAUAUCAAAUCUGACACUGGUGGACUUAAACUAAACGUCAUCUGUUUGUCCAGGCAGUUAUCUGUAUGUAUCCAUGUUGUACGUCUGUGUGUGUCCUUGGCUCUAAGCCUGAUUUCACCUGCUUUUCUGUGUGUGAGUGUGAGCUCAAUCUUGCAUGUGUGUAAGAAAAAUACCCUGUUCUUUUGUGCUCAGCUUUGUGUUUUUGAUGUGAAUUCAAAUGGCAAUAUUUUUAUUUUGUUGACAAAAAAUGUGAAUGUACCAUUCUUGUUUCUGACCAGUCAUUAUAUAAAGUCAAUACAGUCUAUGUGGAGAAUAAUGUGAUCUGUGAAGGGCCUGUCAGUGAAGACCAUGUUGUAUGUUGGAAGGCUGAGUGAGUGAAUUGCCAAAAAGAUGCCCUGUGAACUGUAACUGAAA